CUUCCUCCCAGAUCUGCCCAUUCAGUCCCUGACCCAGGUAUAUAAAAACAAACCGCCCACCGAGCUAGUCAGUCUCUCACUCUCUCUCUCUGUCUCUCUCUAUCUCUCUCCAAUCUCCACCAUGGCGUCUACCUCUCUCUUCCAAUCUCCCCAUCUCUUCCUCAAACCCCAAAACCCCAACCCCCCAACCAAACCCCAUUUCCCCACCACCACCAUCAAAUGCUCCUCCUCCUCCCCACCACCACAACCACUCGUCCCAAAGCCUCCUUCUCCUCCUCCUCCCUCCCACCACCCCCACCACAACAUUCGCGACGAAGCUCGCCGCCACAACACAACCCACAACCACCAUUUCUCCGCCCACUACGUCCCCUUCAACGCCGACCCUUCCUCUGCUGCAGCCGCCGACUCCGAGUCCUACUCCCUCGAUGAGAUCGUCUACCGAUCCAACUCCGGCGGCCUCCUCGACGUCCAGCACGACAUGGCCGCCCUCAAGAACUACGACGGCAAGUACUGGCGCGACCUCUUCGACUCCCGCGUCGGCAAGACCACCUGGCCCUACGGCUCCGGCGUCUGGAGCAAGAAGGAGUGGGUCUUACCCGAGAUCGACAGCGACGAUAUCGUCUCCGCCUUUGAAGGUAACUCCAAUCUAUUCUGGGCUGAGCGUUAUGGCAAACAGUUUCUGGGCAUGAACGAUUUGUGGGUCAAGCACUGUGGGAUUAGCCACACCGGCAGUUUUAAGGACUUGGGCAUGACUGUUUUGGUCAGCCAGGUGAACCGGCUGAGGAAAAUGAACCGCCCUGUGGUCGGCGUCGGCUGUGCCUCCACCGGAGACACAUCUGCUGCCCUAUCGGCCUAUUGCGCCGCCGCUGGGAUCCCCUCGAUUGUGUUUUUGCCGGCCAAUCGGAUUUCGCUGGCUCAGCUGGUUCAGCCGAUUGCCAAUGGGGCGUUUGUGUUGAGCAUUGAUACUGAUUUUGAUGGGUGUAUGCAGUUGAUUCGGGAAGUCACGUCGGAGCUGCCGAUUUAUUUGGCCAACUCUUUGAACAGUUUGAGAUUAGAGGGUCAGAAAACCGCCGCUAUAGAGAUUUUGCAGCAGUUUGAUUGGGAAGUGCCUGACUGGGUUAUAGUUCCUGGGGGCAAUUUGGGAAAUAUAUAUGCCUUCUAUAAAGGGUUUCAUAUGUGCAAAGAGUUGGGGCUAGUUGAUAGGAUCCCUAGGCUUGUUUGUGCCCAAGCUGCAAAUGCAAACCCAUUGUACUUGCAUUACAAGUCAGGGUGGGAUCAAGAGUUCAAGCCUGUGAAGGCCAACACUACUUUUGCAUCCGCCAUCCAAAUUGGUGACCCCGUUUCGAUUGAUAGAGCCGUGUAUGCACUGAAGAACUCGAAUGGGAUUGUGGAGGAAGCCACUGAGGAGGAGCUUAUGGAUGCCAUGGCUCAAGCUGACUCUACUGGCAUGUUCAUAUGUCCUCACACUGGUGUGGCAUUGACUGCAUUGAUUAAACUUCGGAACAAUGGGAUCAUAGGAGUUAACGACCGGACCGUGGUGGUGAGCACGGCUCAUGGGUUGAAAUUUACGCAGUCGAAGAUCGAAUAUCAUUCGAAUGAUAUUAAGGAUUUGGCUUGCCGGUUUGCUAACCCGCCGGUGCAAGUGAGGGCGGAUUUCGGUUCUGUGAUGGAUGUUCUGAAGACGUAUUUGUUGAGCAAGGCCCCGAAAAAUUAGUUAGUUUUGUAAGGGGGCAUUGUGUGUGUGUUCUGCUCAGGUGCUGCUUAUGUGUACGGUUAUGUUCUUGUUAUUUGGUUAAAAUUAGGCAUCUUCUAUGUGCUUUUUGAGCAACUGUUUUAGUUUAUAGCACUCAGGAAUCAAUUCGAAUUUCAUCAGUUUUCUUUAUGGCGAGUUUCUUUAACUCCCAAGUUUUUACCUUCA